GAGAACUUGGCUACCUGACAGUCGAGCCAGUCUUCCUCAUUGGCUCAAUGAGGAAGAAAGUCUUCCUCAUUGGCUCAAACCUGACAGUGUACUGCCACAUCCAUAUCUGCGAGAAGAGCUAUGAAAGGUUCAAAAUAUCCCUGGAUCUGAACAACGAGACAGUGAAGGAUUGGAAGGAAGUCAACUGCAGCACGGUGAUCUUUAAUCUGACCAAUGUUCGGAUACCACGAUCUUACGUGCUCUGCAAACUGAAAAGUCGUCAUGUUACUAAGAUUGUCAGUGGACUGGAUCUACAUGGCGGCCUACCACCACAUAAACCUGGAGACGUUACUUGUGAAACGACGAGGGCCUCAGCCUUCAUCCACUGCUCUUGGAAGAGAGGAGCUGAAACAUACCUCUCUACUACCUACAACGUUUCAGUCUACAGAGGAAAUGGGGCGCAGGUACAAUGGUUAAAUCAGACCCAGGAUGCUGAAGAAAUCACAAUACCACGAGGAAUUGUCAAUGGAAACACUAAAUACCAGUUGAAUAUCACGGCUUACAACCACUUUGGAGCAUCACAGUCUGAUCCAUUCAUCCUGUGUGAGAAGGAUAUAGUGAUACCAGAUACCCCGCAUAUUCUACACAUAGAGUUUGAGAACAGCUCCACAGCAGCAGUGCUGAAGUGGAAUACCUCGGAUUUCUCGGUGACUCUCAGAUCGUACAUCAGGCUCCUCACACACAGGGGCUCCUGGGAAGCCAGAGAGACAACAGAGCUCAGUGAGGGUUUGAUAAGAGCGGAUGACUUGAGGCCUCUGAUUCAAUACGAGUUCCAGAUCAGGACGUGUAACUCGACAUCAGGACUGACGACCUCCAGCAAGCGGCCGUCCUGCAGCAGAUGGAGCUCGUCUGUGACGGGGAGAAGUCCUGGAAAAGGUCCAUCUCAGCAGUUACACGUGUGGAGGACGUUCAGCAGCCAAUUGAUGGUGAUUGUUUUAUGGAAGCCUCCACAUCCAGACGACUACAGUGGCGUGGUUCAAGAAUACAAAAUCUUUUUUGACCAGAAAGAAGGAGCGACCUGUCCCAAGACUUCCAGCCAGAGGUCAGUUAUGGUACCAGCGGAUGUUCAGGCCCUGAGCGUCAGUGCUGUCACUUCAUAUGGGUCCACUCCAGCAGCUGAUGUGCCACUCACACACUCAGGUGUAUUUGGGCCUGUACUGAGAGAGCUGGCUCCUGCAGCUAACGGCAGGGCUGUGCUCAUCUCCUGGUCGUGGCCGGGGACCAAACACUGGUCCACAUCUGGAGGAGAACUGCGGCACUAUGUGGUGGAGUGGAUAAGUGUACCAGCGACACAGCUGCAGUGGAACAAGCUGGACAAAGAUCAGAACAGCACCUCCAUCACAGGUCUGACUGCAGGUGUGAGGUACAACAUCUCUGUGUACGCUGUGACCACUGGAGGUGUCAGUGCUCCAUCAUCCAGCCUCGUCUACUCCAAAGAACAGAGACCUGUGUCCGGUCCCAUCUUGUUGGUUCUGGUUCAUGAGUCCAGGCGGAUCCUGAUCCAAUGGGACAAGCUGCCUGUGGACCAGCGGAGGGGCUUCGUCACAAACUACACCCUCUACGUCCAGUCACUGGACUCCAACCGCACAACACUCAGGGUGGUGGUGUCUGGAUCUGGCCCCAGACAGAUGUGGCUGGAUUGUCCUGACGGAACUCUGGCUCUACAGCUGACUGCGUCCACCUCAGCAGGAGAAGGACCGCGAGGCAGCCAGAUUGUCUCCCAGCCUGCAGCUCCUGUAGCCGGCCUGGUGAUUGUGAUUGUUUUCAUCAUCACCUUCUUCAUAGCAAUCACAGCCAACCUGAUGUGCUGGAGCUGUGUGAGGGAAAGGAUCAAACAGAGGUGUAUUUCCUGGGGACCUGCCUGGCUUGUUGAAAACUUACCAAAACCAGAAAACAGUAAUGCCAUCAGACUACUGGAGCAGGACAGAGGUGAACCGUCCUUCGUUUCCAGCGACAGUGACCCUCUGCUGUCGCCCAUCAGUUUGAUUUCCUGGGAGGAGAGGGACAACGUGUAUCCCGCCAUCCAUGUAGAAGGAUUCCACUUUGGAUUAGGACAAACUACAGCGGAGACACCUUCACUACCAUCUGAUACUGGGACGAUGCUUGUUGAAAGGCAGAUGGAACAUGUUAGCUACAAACCUCAUAUUGCUAUUCUGGAAGUGGAAGAGGAGCCAAAGUACAUACCAGCCAAUGUCGAGGAGGAAGUAUGUUUAAGUGAAAUCGGAGGAUUACUCGGAGGCUUGCUUUCUAGUGUGGAGAUGGGUUUCUCUGAUUCACCUCUGGAACCGACUCUCAGCUCUGUUGGUGGCAUUUUGAGGCCUAAAACUCCUGAAGCAACAGAUGUCUUGAGUAGAGGCUUCUCGACGGGGAGGAGGGGGACUGAGAGCGAGGCUGAAGUGGACUGUCCGUCCCUGAAGUUACACCAGGGUGACGUACAGACUCCUGACAUGGCAGACACUUGUUUGUCCCAGAAUACAGCUGAGAUGAUGCUGAGUGGAGGUUACUUCCCUCAGGUUACUACACUCUGUGACACACAGAGGUAGCUGGAACGUGGGGACGACACAAACAGGACAAUCUGCACCAAACUGACGUUCAAGAAAGCAUUACCCAAGCACCACUUCUCCUGAGAUGUGUGACUUUGUGAGAUCACUGGAAAACAAUCAUCUGUAACUGUUAAAAGCAAGUUAUUUAAUGAUAAACUUGUAUAAACUGAGCUUGAUUAAUGGCCAUUAUGAUAAAUGUUUGGCUGUGGUUAUGUUUGUACCAUCUUUUACAAAGAAUACUUUAUAUAACACUUUUGAUACAAACAAAAUAACAUAAAGUGCUUCACAUAAAAACAACCCCAAAAAGUACAUACAAACA